UGUAACUGACAGCAAAGUUACCAUUCGGCCCAAAGACAUCAUUUUUUGUAUUUAUCCGACAGAGACAUUUUUAAGUCGCGCUGCUUCACGGUUUUCUCAGUUUUAUUUUUUAUUUUUUUUCUUUGAAAGGUGGUGGAGUGGCGGAGCAUUUUACACAAAUUAAACAUGCUACUGUGCUUCGCCCUAUAAGCAUCCAAGAAGCCUGUGCUUCCCAAUCAAUUGGUACAGUCAAGCAGCAGCAGGAGCCUGCGUGACAGUGGAGACCUUCAGUCUCGCUUCCUUUCUGGAUAUUGGGGGACCUCUCUACAAUGUCAUAUCCACAAUUUGGAUAUCCCUAUUCGUCUGCUCCACAAUUCCUGAUGACAAGCAACUCUCUGACCACUUGCUGCGAGUCUACCGGCAGAUCCAUCGCCGACUCCGGAGUGGCUGCGUCCGGCCAGACGCCGGUCUACUGCCCGGUGUAUGAGAGCCGGCUGCUGGCCACCGCCAGGCAUGAGCUCAGCUCGGCCGCUCUGGGCGUGUACGGGAGCCCCUACACGGGCACUCAAGGAUACGGCAACUACGUUACAUACGGCACGGACGCCUCUGCUUUCUACUCGCUGGGUACAUUUGAUACAAAAGAUGCCACCGCCUCUGCACAUGCAGGGAUAACCCAAGCGACAGCCUACUACCCUUACGAUCCGACCUUAGGACAGUAUCAGUAUGACAGAUAUGGCUCCAUGGAUGGAGGACCAAGGCGGAAGAAUGCCACACGUGAGACAACCAGCACCCUGAAGGCCUGGCUGCAGGAACAUAGGAAAAACCCAUACCCAACCAAAGGCGAGAAGAUCAUGCUGGCCAUCAUCACCAAGAUGACUCUGACGCAGGUGUCCACGUGGUUCGCCAAUGCCAGGAGGAGGCUGAAGAAAGAGAACAAGAUGACAUGGCCGCCCAGGAAUAAGGGCUCAGAGGAAAAGCGAUAUGACGACGAUGAUGACGGCUCCCAGGAGGAGCAGAUAAAAAGUGAAAGUAAUGAAAAUGACAGUCGAGGUCGAUCUAGUAAAGAUCUCCAGCUGAGCGAUCUGGAAGACUUUGACACUCUAGAGUCAGAGAGUUCGGAGUGUGAGUUGAAGCACAGAUACCACAUGAACCCUCACAUGACGACAACAGGCGACUGCCCCACGGAGCACCUCAUCAAGGACGUGUCCAUGAAAAUCACCGGUCCCGUUUCCCUCGCAGGGGAGCAGGACUUGAGCAAAAGUUGCCUCAAAACGAACCAGGAAGAUUUCCAGACGGAGAGCAGAGCGCAGCCAAAGUCUUGUUACAACCAACAACCGCAGCACCACAUAUUAGACGGAAAGCCACGGAUCUGGUCUUUGGCACAGACCGCGACCUCCUUGGUCCAGACUGAGUACCCGUCCUGUAUGCUGCGGUGCCAACCACCGCCCUCCUCCUCCUCCUCCCUCAGCCCGCCACCCGCUGCUACCUCACCCGCCACCGGCCCGGAACACAGGCAGGACUCGCCCGUCACCACACUGAGGAACUGGGUGGACGGGGUCUUCCACGACCCCUUGUUUAGGCACAGCACUUUGAGCCAGGCCCUGACCCACACCACCGUCUCUUGGAGCAGCAACGCCACCAAAGGAUCCCUCCUAGAUGCGGAGAAGAGCAGCCUCGGGAUUCUGCAGCAGGAGGGAUCCAAAGACAGUGCCAUGACAUUCCCCAAAACUCUGAACAAACUCUUCUGUUCGUAACAAUACCAAAUAGAACGAUUUAUUUUGAAAGGACAAACGUAUGUCUCUUGUGGCUGUUACAUCCUGUAACAUAAUUGAACUUAAAUUCCGUUCACUUUUUUAAUUAUUAUUUUCAACGCACGCACACAAUUCAUAGAAUUGUAUAAUAUGUUUACAUAUUGGGAAAAAUACCCUGAGGUUUACAGUAUUUAUUAUUUAUUUGACUUUUUUCGUAUAAGCAUGCAUAAAUGAUUAAAAAAUCAUUUGGAAAUCACUAUUAAAUAAAAACAAUGAGUAUCACGGAAGCACAGUGCUCCAAAAGUUGAAGCAAUUUCAAUAGUGUUCACUGAA